AUGAACUACGACUGGAUUCUCGAUGGAGGCUACCUCCCCCAUGCCGUCAUUCGCGUCGGCAUCAGACGCCAGCUGCGGGAGCGAAUCGACUCUAUUGCAAGUACCUCUCUCAGCGCCGCCUAUGGGCGCAAGAUGAAUUACCUGGAGAAGCUGCGCACACGACCCAUGGCCAUUGAGACGGCUACGGCCAACACACAGCACUAUGAGGUCGGGACUGGCGUGCUGGCGGCGUGUCUGGGUCCGAGGAUGAAGUACUCUUGCUGCCUCUACCCCAAGGGCAGGGAGACGCUGGCUGAGGCCGAGGAGGCCAUGUUGGCGCUGUAUCUGGAGAGGGCUGAGCUUAAGGAUGGGAUGAGAAUUCUUGAUCUCGGCUGUGGAUGGGGAUCUGGUGCCAUCUACUUUGCCGAGAAGCUACCCAACUCGCACAUCACAGCAUUUUCCAACUCUCGGACGCAGAAGGAGUAUAUUGAUUCGGUGGCCAAGGAAAAGGGCAUCACAAACCUCGAGAUCAUCACCGGAGAUGUCGUCGACUACGAGUUUGAACCCGAGUCGUUCGACCGCGUUGUCUCCAUCGAGUUGUUUGAACAUAUGAAGAAUUAUGAACUGCUCAUGGCCAAGGUGUCACGCGCCCUCAAGCCCGGGGGCAAGCUCUUUGUGCACAUCUUUGCACACAAGACGGACCCCUACGACUACGAGGAGGGCUGGAUGACGACUCACUUCUUCACGGGCGGGACCAUGCCCUCGGCCGAUCUUUUGCUGUACUUCCAGCGGGAUCUCCAGAUUAAGAACCAGUGGUGGGUCAAUGGCCAGCACUAUUCCAAGACCUGCGAGCACUGGCUGUCCAAGAUGACGGCCAGCAAGAAAGAAAUCUGGCCGCACCUCAUUGAGACGUACGGCGAGGAAAACGCAACGACGUGGUACAACCGCUGGCAAAUCUUCUACAUGGCGUGUUCGGAGCUGUUUGCGUACGAGGGCGGAGACACAUGGGGCGUAUCGCACUAUCUGUUCGAGAAGCCGGGCGCGUAG